AUGGCGCUUCGUCUCCUCCUCCUCCUCCUCUUUCCCUCCUCUCCUCCGUCGCCGGGCUCAGGCGCAGCGACUUCCCGCCGUCCUUCCUCUUCGGCGCCGGCACGUCGUCUUACCAGGUACGGGCCGUGCGGCAGCCGAUGCCGAGCUCAGCAUGCUAACUCAAACGCACGCAUGCAUAUUGAAGGCGCCUACCUAGAAGACAACAAGGGCCUGAGCGAUUGGGAUGUCUUCACCCAUAUUCAAGGAAAGAUUGAGGAUGGAAGCAAUGGCGACGUGGCCGCUGACCAUUAUCAUCGAUACAAGGAGGACAUAGAAAUAAUUCAUUCGCUUGGCCUCGACUCCUACAGAUUCUCAUUGUCCUGGUCGAGAAUACUUCCAAAGGGUCGCUUCGGAGGUGUUAAUCCGGCAGGUGUUAAAUUCUAUAACAGCCUCAUCAACGGACUGCUAGGAAAAGGGAUACAGCCAUUUGUGACGAUCAACCACUAUGACAUACCCCAGGAACUCCAAGAAAGAUACGGCUCCUGGUUGAGCCCAGAGAUUCAGGAGGACUUCACCUACUUUGCUGAACUUUGCUUCAAGAUGUUUGGUGACCGAGUAAAGCACUGGGCUACAUUCAAUGAGGCAAAUUUUCUGACAAAGCUCAAAUACUUCAUGGGGAAAUUUCCACCCAGCCACUGUUCCGAGCCGUAUGGGAAAUGCGAUUCUGGGAAUUCAUCAACUGAGCCCUACAUUGCAGCGCAUAACAUGAUAUUAGCUCAUGCAAAGGCGGUCAACAUCUACAGAAAGUAUUACAAGGCCAAGCAAGGUGGCUCUGUUGGAAUUUCAGUAUAUAUGAGAUGGUAUGAACCACUAAGGAAUAUCACAGAGGACCACUUGGCAGUAAGCCGAGCUCUGUCUUUCCAAGCUCCAUGGUUCCUGGAUCCCUUGUUCUUUGGUGACUAUCCUCAUCAAAUGCGCCAAAUCUUAGGUCCAAACUUGCCGAAAUUCACAGAAGGAGAGAAGCAACUACUGAAAAACCAAAUUGACUUCAUCGGCAUAAAUCACUACGAAACAUUAUACAUCAAGGAUUGCAUAUAUUCUCUAUGUGAUUUGGACACCUACGCCGGUGAUGCUUUAGUUACUGAAUCAGCAGAACGAAAUGGGAUACCCAUUGGAAAACCGACACCAGUUGCAAACACCUAUGUGGUUCCAAGCUCUAUGGAGAAGUUGGUCAUGUAUUUCAACCAGAGAUAUAAAAGCAUACCUUUGUACAUCACAGAGAAUGGUUAUGCCCAAAUAGGCAAUAGCAGCACCACAGCAGAAGAAUUAAUUAAUGAUACUGAAAGAUCUAGUUACAUUCGUGACUACCUCACUUACUUGAGCUAUGCAAUAAGGAAAGGAGCAGAUGUGAGAGGUUAUUUUGUGUGGUCUUUGAUGGAUAACUUCGAAUGGCUCUCUGGUUACACCACAAAGUACGGUCUUUAUCAUGUGGAUUUCAAGUCACUAAAGCGAACACCAAAACUGUCUGCUAAAUGGUACAGCAAGUUUAUCAAGGGCUAUGAACAGAUAGAGAUGGCCUCUGAAGAAUCACCUAAGCAUAUGGUUUCCUAG